AUGCACCUCGCCAUAGACAUCGGCGGCGUAGCGCUGUACGUCGAGGAGCUCGGCAACAAGAUGGACACCGGCGCCAUCAGCACCCCUCACGGCCGCCUGCACCUCAACACCGAUGACCCAGCCGGCGUUGGUGCCAAGCUGGUGGAGCACGGUGCCAAGGAGCUCACCAAGAUGGCCGAGCAGUUCUGGGGGGCCACGUUCGGUGUUUACCAGGACCCCUUCGGUCAGAUCUGGUCGGUGUCAAACUCCACCAACACCAUCGAGGACGUGCCCAAGAAGCUGGCGCGCAAGAUCAUCCCGUUCGUCAGCGUCCGUGACUGCUCCGCCUACAUGACCUUCGUCACGGACGCCCUGGGAGCCGAGGUCGUGUACCCCCCUGCCAAGGAUCCCACCGGCAAGAUCAUGUGCGCGGAGCUGAAGAUCAACGGCGGCAUCAUCAUGGUCGGCGACCACUGCGGCGAGGACGCGAGCAAGACGGAAGCCUCGAUGACCAUCUCGCACGAAGUCGGGAAGGACGAAGCGGGACCCCUGGCCAAGUCCUUCAAGGACAACGGCGGGGAGGUCCUCGAGGAGGUGUCGAUGCAGUUCUGGGGACAAGUGUGGGGCCGCUGCAAAGACCCCUUCGGCCAACCGUGGGGCUUGUGCGAGGUGCAGACGGGGCCUACUACUUCCAACGAAGACAUGGCCAAGGACAUGGAGAUCGGCGCCAAGUACGACUGGCGCUACACCUGGGCGGUUGAGGACAUGCCUACUGUGUACUGUUACGGGGCGAUGUCCACAAGCGAAGCGACCGGCCCCGCCAUCAGCGAAGAGACCAACAAGACGCUCCCCGCCGCCUUCGCGGGAGCCGCCGCUGCCGGGCUCGCCAUGGCCGGCCCCCCCGCGUCCGCCUACUACACCUGGGACCCUUCCCCCGGCGGGACCACCAAGUUCACCUGCGGACCCUCGGUGGCCGGCGGUGGCGCCUCCGCUUUGAUGAAGGACGUCGACGGAGACGACAACGGCCUCGGCGUGAGGACUGCCGGCGGCUGCAAGUGCGUGACGACGCUGCACACGGGGCCGUACGACCAGCUGAUGAAGUGCUACAAGGCAACCUUCGAGUGGGUCGAGACCAAGGGUUACGAGUCGCGCAUGCCCGUGUUCGAGCUGUACGAGAACGACCCGAAGGACACCCCGCCCGAGAAGCUCAAGACCAAGGUCUGCAUCCCGAUCGUGGCCAAGGGCACCGGCCCCAAGGCUUGAGGGACGCCCUGUUAGGUGUGACG